AUGAGGAUUUGGAGUGUUAUCCUUUUGCUGCUUCACGCUCUUGUGGCGUCCAAACUGGCAUGUGGGGCGGCAGUGGACCGGUAUGACAGUGACAGACAGCGGCACACAUCUGUCAUCAACUUCCAGGACGUAAGCAAAGAUGGAAGGCCGGCGGAGGAGAGCACAGUUACUCCAUUGGAGGAGGACGAGGAUGAGGAGUAUGAUGAUGAAUACUACGGAGACGAAUAUGAGGACAGCACGUCAGGGGAUUAUGAAGUGGAAAUGCCAAGAGUUGCUAUGUCAAGUAAGCCCCGAGAUCCAUCUGCUAUCCCGGAGGCAGAAAACACAGAAGGACAGAGAAGGCGAGGAAAGGGAAGGAAGAAGGGAAAAGGGAAAGGAAAGAAGAGGAAUCCCUGCUUGAAAAAGUUUAAAGAUUUUUGUAUCCACGGCACCUGUCAAUACCUGAGGGACAUCCGACUUCCCUCCUGUGUGUGCCACCCGAGUUACUCUGGGGAAAGGUGCGAAUUCUUCACCCUGCCCGUGGAGAGGCCUCAAGAAGGCUACAACCGCACCACAGCUCUAGCCGUGGUGGCCGUGGUGCUCUCAUCCAUUUGCCUAACCAUCAUCGGCCUUUUACUCAUGCUGAGGUUUCACAAGCGGGGAGCGUAUGAUGUAGAGAAUGAGGAGAAGGUCAAGUUAGGGUUAGCAUCCAACCACUGA